AUGAAAGUUCACACUGGCAAGAACAGUGCUUUCACUCUGAAAUCAAGUCCUUUACCACAGAUAAUAAACAGAAAGAGCACCAGAGGAGGUCAAUACAGCACUGAUGACCUUAAAAAGAAACUUCAACAACAAGAAAACAUUAAAGGAGAGUUUGAGAAAACACUUCAACACAUCAAUUCUCAAGCUGAGCAAACAGAGCGUCAGAUUAAACAGCAGUUUGAGAAACUUCACCAGUUUCUCAGAGAUGAAGAAGAAGCUACAAUCACUGCGCUGAGGAAGGAAGAGGAGCAGAAGAUGCAGAUGAUGAAGGAGAAGCUGGAGGAGAUCAACAGACACAUCUCAGCUCUUUCACACACAAUCAAAGACACAGAGAAGAUGAUGAAAGCCAGUGAUGUCUACUUUCUGAAGGAGUUUCCAGUCUCAAUGGAAAGAGUCCAGAUCCAAUCACAGCCGGAUCCACAGACACCUUCUGGAGCCUUGAUUCAUGUGCCACGAUACUUGGGAAACCUGCCCUUCAGAGUCUGGAAGAAAAUGCAGGAAAUCGUCCAAUACACUCCUGUGAUUCUGGAUCCCAACACGGCUCAUAGAGAUCUUGUUUUGCCUGAUGAUCUGAACGGUGUGAGUCACAACAAGAACAGUCAACCUGUUCCUGAUAAUCCAGAGAGAUUUAACUGGUAUCCCUGUGUUCUGGGUUCAGAGGGUUUUAACUCAGGAACACACUACUGGGAUGUGGAGGUUAAAGGGUGUUUAGUCUGGAUUCUUGGAGUAACUACAGCAUCAAACCAGAGGAAGGGACGUGAUUGUUUUAACAUUGAUGUCUGGAGUGUGGAGUAUGAUCAGGAAGGACUGUCUGAACCUUUUAACUUUCGUGUUGAACAGUACCCUUGA